GUUUGUUAUUUGCCAUUUUGCGUACCUAUCUAUAAUUCGUAAACUUAUUCUUUCCGUUACUCGCCGAUCGCGACAAAAAAUAAUAGAAUUGAGUAAAAUUUUGAACAGCUUAUAAUAGAUCAUUCGUAGAUCAUAAUAUCAUUGUCAUUGUGUAUGUAGGUACUGUUAACAUGCCUACAUAGUCUAAUUUAAAUAUAAGUAAAAACAAGAGUAACUCGUUACAAUGGAUCUUAAACUUAAGAAAUCCUGCCCAAACUGCAGUCAGCUUUACCAUCUCAAAUUGGGAUCACAAACUAAAGGAAACAUUCCAUUAUUCCUAUCAUGCGGCCACAGCAUGUGUGAAACAUGCAUUGGGCACAUAAUAAAGUUUGCAGAGCCCAUAGAGUGCAAAGUAUGCCAUCGGGAUAUGGAACUUAGCUCGACUGACUUAGCCCUUUUAGAACAGAAGAAGAUCAAGUUUUAUCAACUUUUUCCGGCUAACUUGACAUUGCUGGGGGAGCUUGCCUUGCAAGUAAUAGAGCAUAACUCUGAGGCGCCAAAAAAGAAAGAGGAAAACUACUUUAUUGACCUCCAAUCUGUUAUAAAGGAUACGGAUAUCACCCAAGGGCAAUGUAUGGAGUGUCACAACCGCACUUCCAAGAUGUGCCAACAAUGCGCUACAAUCUUAUGUGACACAUGUUUCAAUAAAUCUCAUAAAAAUUUUAUCAUUUUCAAAAAUCAUGUCUUGCAGAACAUUGAACGAAUUAUGCAACCUAAUACCUGCAAGGUCCAUAACGGCAAGUCUCUGGAUUAUUUCUGCAAGGAUUGUUCCAAGUCCAUCUGCAUGGAUUGUCUUGUGGUGGGGGGAGAUAAGUGCUGCAAGAAUCACAAUGUUGUCUCCAUGCAAGAAGUGAAUGAAGAUUUCAUGGAAGGCAUAAAUGAUAUUUGUCCUAAAGUAGAUGAGACCUACAGACGCCUAACUAAAACUGCGGUGGACGUAGGCCACCUACUUCAUAAUAUAGAGAACGAAACAGGGCCAUCCUCGGAGUUAACUCGAUUACUUGCUACCAUCGAGCAACACUUCAGUAAACUCACGGCUGCAAUUCAAAAACACAGGAAUGAAAUAAUCGACAUUGUCGUCAAACUCAAGUGUUCUGAAAAAGAGUCACUAAGAAAAGCUAAAUGUGAUCUCGAGAAAACUAUAAAGAAAGCUAGAAUGAUCAUCAAUGCUAUCAGUAUCUGCUCAGAUGCAGAGAAAGCAAAGCAGAUGAAUUUAUCAGUAUUACUGGACGAUGCUCAACAAAUUGCACAAGCCCCCUGGUUUCUGAGCAAAGAUGAAUCCAAUGACCCCCUCAAAAUUGUAGUUAACGAUGACCUGUGCGCUCUGGUCAGCGACUACAUACACCUAGAAGGUAACGCUGACUCCGUGUACAAACUGAAAUCGACCACUGAGCUGGGAGAGUGCGUGGAAAUACCACCGGCCCCUGUUGCACCUGUCUACCCUCCUGAGCUUCCAAAAGAUGUCAGACAAACCAAGCAACUUGUAGAAAAACGUGCGAAGAACUCUGCUCCUGACUUUUUCAAAAGCGUGCCUCAUUACCACAGCAAGAGCGCGUCCGUGUCUUCAUUGAAUUCAGCCGGCAGUGGCGAUUCAACGAAGAGCUAUAGCACUAUGUAUGGUGACGGGUUUCAAAGACCAAUGGUGCAACCAGUUCAACCGUUUGUUGAAAGCAACCACCCAAGGCAACUCCAAGAAGGUUCUCAAGAGCUAAUCUACAUCACACAUAUCGUGAACCCGCAUGACUUCUUCGUGCAGCGGUCGUGUCACCAGAGCAUGGUAAAAGAAAUGCUGAGAGAAUUCCGCAACGCCGUCUCCUUGCCACAACCGUCUUUGAACCGUGUUGCUCAAGGGAAACUGUACCUCAUGUUCAACAAGGCUGAUAAUAUGUGGCAGCGUUGCCGCGUUGUGAGCAUCAACCAGAAGAACAUAAAUAAUCCUGUGUUUGGCGUAUUCUGCAUCGAUUUCGGCAGCACUGAAUCUGUUUCUAUUGACGAGCUCCGUUUGUUACCACCAGCACGUGUCCACUCACCGUACCCUCUCGCCAUCAACUGCUCACUAGCCAACUGUCAACCAAAAACGGGCACUUGGACAAGCGACGACGCUUACCUCAUUCAGAAAAUUAUUGACAACAAACAAGCGGUGCUUCAUGUCCGCAACAUUCGCUCAACGACCAACGGCUCUGUGACGUUCGACUGUGACGUAACCACCUUCGAGGGCGAAAUUAGCCUUGCGCAUGCGCUUGUCUUCCACGACCGCGCCAAAAUGCUUAACCCUAAACUGCCGUACCCCAAGAUCAAAGGCGCAAUGGAAAAGCAUAGGCUGUACUCGAACCACUCUGAUUUCAAACACAAAUCCAUUGAAGAAGUGUACAUCACGCAAAUUGUCAGCCCCGACAAGUUCUUCGUAAGGAAGCGUCACCUGCAAAAAGUGUUCGAAAAACUUUGCGAAGAUUUGGACCAAGAAUACAGUUUGAAUGUAACCACGGGAAGUGUCUACCUGCCUGAGAUUGGCGCGGUGUAUGCAGUGAACGUAGAGAAAUACCGCGGGGACGGAACCACAUGGGCGCGCGGCGUGGUCCACGAGCUGCCUGGCCGAGGGCGCGUGCGUCUCCUGCUGCCCGAUACCGGCGCGCUGCUGCUCGUCCACUGGACCGACCUUAGGCAGAUCAACCCCAAGUUCAUUACGCUCUGUUCACUAGCGACGGAAUGCCAUUUGGCGGGCGUAACACCACUACACCAGAAAUGGAAUGCAGCGUCAGUAGCGCUAUUGCAGCGAUUCGAAGGACGAUUGCUGGAGCUGCACGUGGAAGAUACGCGCCGCGGUUCGCUAGGAGUCGCCCUCUAUGACAAAGCUGAUGAAGAUAACAUCGUUUGCGUAAACACAGAAAUGAUUAAACACAAGUUCGCUGUCACGUUCGGCCUCUUCAUGUUCAACAAAAAUGCUGACAUAGAAGACCAAGUAGUCACAAAUAAGUCUCCCCUAGAUCGACCCAAAAAAGAAAAUCAGACACUACAAAAAAAAACAAAGUCGUCCAUAAAGAUAAAUGAGAAAGAGCUCGAAGCCAAGGACAAAGGGCCAAUUAAACUGGAAGCUAAAGUUCUGCAUUAUCAAUCUCCGUCUCUGCUUUACGUCUCGCUAGUGCACCAACAAAAAACUUUCAAUGACCUUUAUGAGCAAAUUCAAAGUUACUACUCUGCAAAGAAAAGUCAAGGAAAAACCAAUUGGGCCGUAGGCGACAGAUGUUGCACAGUGUGCAACCAAUCACAGACCUGGCGACGCGCUGCCAUUAUAGAGAUGCAAGACGAUAACGUUAAGGUGUUCUAUUCGGAUUUCGCUUGCAUCGAGACAGUCCCAGUUGCCAGCUUAGUGGAUCUCGCGCCAGAGUUCGCGUCCAUUGGAGACGCAGCCAUAAAAUGCCAUUUAUGCGGCAUCAUGCCAGCAGACGGUGGUGAGGAAUGGCCCACCAUCACCAAGGAGUACCUGAAAGAGUUGCUCGAUGUAUACCAAAGAAUAUUUAUAACGAAAUUAGGUGAUUUCAAAAACAAAAGUAUGCCCAUCGAAGUGUGGGUGUACCACACCAUUCAAGGAGGGGCGCUCGAACCUAACAAAUCUGAAUGGCGAUGUCUUAAUAGAAAAAUCAUCGAACAAGGGUUAGGGGUACCCGACAAGAGUCAAUUGGGAUCCAAUACUCCUGAGGGUUCUAAGGACGACAUGCUAUCGUUCUUGCAAAACGUCACAGGCUCGAUCACCGAGUGGCUGCAACUCGAGCCAUUGGCCACUAAACCGAAGGAAAAUAAAAGAUCUUCUAAAAGCAAAUCUAACACGCCUUCUCCUGUCGAGUGGUAUGAUAUGAAAGCACAAUCGGAAGAAGCUACAGAUAACUCAAACACAGUUUAUAUUUCGGAUUGGUUGCCGCCCGAACCAUUCCACUUCAAAGAAUUUACUGGCACGCCAACGUAUAUAGACAACAACGGUGUAAUUUAUUUACACGAUGUGGCACAGCAAGACACUCUGGAUCUCAUCCGCAAAGCGUUGGACGUACGUUUUAAGGCUCCAGACCCAAAAGCCAAAUACGUAAAAUGGACGGUGGGCGAACCGUGCAUCGCGCUCUACUACCUUGACAAUCGAUUUUACCGCGGACGAGUAAUAGACGUUAUCAAGGAGAACAACGUCUGUCUCAUACACUACAUCGAUUACGGCAACGAAGAGAUGUGUUCUUUCGAAAACCUCCGAAAAAGCGUUGCUCUCCACCAAAUCCCCACCCAAGCUCACAGAUGUGCGCUGGCGAGAAUAAGACCUGUGGACGGUCAAUGGGACCGACAGGCGCUCGACUAUGUACACAAGUCAGUGGUUGAAAAACAAUGUUAUGUUAAAAUCGUAGGAGAGCCUAUAGGAGGCGUUAUCCCAAUUGAAUUGAAGUACGAUAAACUAUGGAUUAACGAUCACUUAGUUGAUUUUGAGAUGGCGGUAUACACAGAUGGUUCUAAACCCAUCGUUAGAAAAUUCGCGUCUAAUAAGAAAGAAAAAGCGGCAAUUGUGGAAGUGAGUUCCGAGCCUGACUAUAUUGUUGAAGAAGAUGAGUCAAACUCGUCGUUUAAAUCUCUCGACGGAAAAGAUUGGAAUAAGUUGAUUGAGGACGAAGAAAACGGAGAUAAAGAUUGUCUAGAAGGUAAUUUUAUUACAUUCCCAAAAUUUGUUCAAGAUGAAUUUCUUUGCAACAUUACAAUAAUCAAUGAUACCAAGAUAUUAGACUUAGGUAUCGUACACAACGACGCGACUAAUGUUUUGUAUGAGGACAUGUUUGACGAGAUUCAACGUGAAGGCGAAAACAUGCCGGCUUUAAAUGGGAUAUUUGAAAACAAAGCAUGCAUUGCUCUAUUCCAUGAAGACGGACAAUGGUACAGAGCCACUAUUUUGGAGUACAGUGAACGCAAAAGCAAAAUCAAAGUGAGAUAUGUUGAUUAUGGAAAUAAGGAAAUUAUUACAUUAGCUGAUGUCAGAGAAAUAUCCGAAGUUUGGAUCACACUACCACCAGCCAGCCUUCAAGCCAAACUGUAUGGUGUUCAAAUUAACCCAGAAAUAGAAAUGAAUAUUCUCUCCAAAGAAUAUGCCAAUACUUUCUUAGAUAAGGGGCCUUUCAGAGCCAAAGUUAUCACAUACGAUGGCGAUCUGCCAGUCGUAGAAUUAAAAAACGACGACGGUGAAUUGACGUACAAAGAACUAAUACAACGUAAAAUUUUCUUCAAAACUGAUUCAGUUGAUGCCAGUAACAUCUAAAAAUUAUUACUUGUACUUUAUAUUCUUACCUACCAAGGGUACUGUAUUUCUCAUAUAAAGUGAUUGUUAA